GAGCGAGGGAGAGAGAGAGAGAGAGGGAGGAGAGCGAGUGAGAGUGAGAGAGCGCGAGAGAGAAAGCGAGUGACAAUCGGAAGGGGUUACCGCGUUGUGAGCGAACAAGGAUCCCUCUGAGCUCUGCUGCACACCCAACGCCGCCGCCGCCGCCGCUGCUGCUGCUCAAGACAGGGGAGCGCGGAGAGCCGCAGGACAAGCUAAAGGUUGACAGAAGCCACAGUCCGGGGCAGCCAUGGCCACUACCUGUACCCGAUUCACGGACGAGUACCAGCUAUACGAAGAGCUCGGAAAGGGAGCCUUCUCAGUGGUGCGCCGCUGUGUCAAGCUAUGCACAGGCCAGGAAUACGCAGCGAAAAUUAUCAACACCAAGAAACUUUCUGCAAGAGAUCACCAGAAACUGGAGCGUGAGGCCCGAAUCUGUCGUCUCCUGAAGCACUCCAACAUUGUGCGACUUCAUGACAGUAUUUCAGAGGAAGGAUUCCAUUACCUUGUCUUUGACUUGGUGACUGGAGGAGAACUGUUUGAGGACAUCGUGGCCAGAGAGUACUACAGUGAAGCGGACGCCAGUCACUGUAUCCAUCAGAUAUUAGACAGUGUAAAUCACAUCCACCAACAUGACAUUGUGCACAGGGACCUCAAGCCAGAGAACUUGCUUCUGGCAAGCAAGUGUAAAAAUGCAGCGGUCAAGCUUGCUGAUUUCGGGUUAGCCAUUGAGGUCCAAGGAGACCAGCAGGCUUGGUUUGGAUUUGCUGGCACGCCAGGCUAUCUGUCACCAGAGGUGCUGCGGAAGGAGGCCUAUGGAAAGCCUGUAGAUAUCUGGGCAUGUGGUGUAAUUCUCUAUAUCUUGUUGGUGGGCUACCCUCCUUUCUGGGAUGAAGACCAACAUAAGCUGUACCAGCAGAUCAAAGCUGGAGCCUAUGAUUUUCCCUCUCCAGAGUGGGACACGGUGACCCCAGAGGCGAAGAAUCUUAUUAAUCAGAUGUUGACUAUAAAUCCAGCCAAGAGAAUCACUGCACAGGAGGCACUGAAACACCCAUGGGUCUGCCAACGAUCUACUGUGGCGUCUAUGAUGCACAGACAAGAGACCGUGGAGUGCUUGAAGAAGUUCAAUGCCAGGAGGAAACUCAAGGGUGCCAUUCUCACUACCAUGUUGGCGACAAGGAAUUUCUCUGUGGGCAGGCAGACUACAGCACCGGCCACCGUUACCGGCUCAGCGGCCGCCGCAGCCAGUGCCACCGCAGGGCUGGUGGAACAAGCAGCGAAGAGUUUAUUGAACAAAAAGGCGGAUGUGAAGCCGCAGACAAACAGCACCAAAAACAGCAUAGUCACAAGUCCUAAAGGAAACAUUCCCUCACCUGCUCUGGAACCUCAAACUACUGUCAUUCAUAACCCUGCGGAUGGGAUUAAGGAGUCCUCGGACAGCAGCAACACUACAAUCGAGGAUGAGGAUGUCAAAGCCACGAGCACUGAGACCAGUGCUGUUAAGAGUCAGUCCAGUAUGGGCUCUCAGCCUGAGGCCGUGGAAGCCCCUCAGUGCCCACUUCCUGUGUUCUCAUCCAGACUGACAGAUAUUGUGAGCAGUUUGCGUGGAGGGUCCAGUCCCCAAACCCAGGUUGAAUCUGAUGGGGGGUCCCAACGCCCCCAAGGCCCUCAGCCGUUCUCAUCUCACCCCCUGCCUAAUCCCAGCUGCCCCUCCAUCUCUUCUACUCAGCCUCGCAAGCAGGAAAUCAUCAAGAUAACUGAACAGCUGAUUGAAGCAGUGAACAACGGGGAUUUUGAGGCCUACGCGAAGAUCUGUGAUCCUGGGCUGACUUCUUUUGAACCUGAAGCUCUUGGCAAUCUGGUGGAAGGCAUGGAUUUUCACAGAUUCUAUUUCGAGAACCUCCUCUCUAAGAACAGCAAGCCAAUCCACACAACGAUCCUGAAUCCGCACGUGCACCUGAUUGGUGAGGAUGCCGCUUGCAUUGCAUAUAUCCGACUGACACAAUUUGUAGACGGCCAGGGCCGGCCGCGCAGCAGCCAGUCUGAAGAGACCCGCGUGUGGCAUCGCCGUGACGGGAAGUGGCAGAACGUUCAUUUCCACUGCUCAGGAGCUCCAGCAGCACCACUACAAUGAAGGGAGCGCCUUUGCACUUGAUCCCGCCUGGGGUUCGAGAGAGAGAGAGAGAGAAAGAGAGAGCAAGCGAGAGGAGGCAUGAGUGUGGUGGCCUCGCUGAUGGUGGCUCGUGCUGUGCACACGUUUUAAUAUCUCCGGUGGCUGCAUCUCCAGUGACACCAACAAUUUAAAAAAGAAAAGAAAACAAAAACAAAACAAAACAACAGUAUUAUUCUAAUCACACAUUUGUUUGUGUAAUGAUUCUAUCAAAUCAUCUCUGAUGUGUCUCAUCAAGCUGUCUCUAGAUGCACAAACUCUCAGAAAAGCGGUAUGUAAAGAUACAAAGUUAUUAUUAGAAUAAUAUGGCAACUGUAUAUGUAAUUUGUACAAUUCAUAUUCUUGAUGGCAGUGAUUUGUAGAAAUGAGAAUCUUGAUUUUUCCUUCACUUUUUUAUGUUUGUUUUUUUUUUUUUUUUUGCCAAAGCAUGACUGUUUAAUUCUAUAAGUGAUUGGUGUAGUGCUUGGGUAACCCUUUUAAGCAUAUUUUGCAAUUUUGUAUGCUGAAAUGUGUCAUCAUCAAUCCAAAUUGGUUUUCAUUUGUUUCACUUUGGAGAAGGUGGGUUGGUUCAGGUUGGGCUGGGGAGGAGAGUGU